ACAGAUGUUAAGCUGUAGCCAGGCCUGGAUUUCUUUGGGUGCUUUGAGAGGAGGUGUGGAGUGGAGCCCUCUGCGACUUGGUUGUAUCUAGUGAGCUGUGUGUGGUUGUAUCGGAUUUUACUGUACUGUGUAUAUGUGUAUGUGUCUAUGUGUGUAGGAUGAUGUGUGUUGACAGAUUUGCUUGUGUGUGACUGUGUGUACACUUUCGCCCGUGUUUGUCAGUAUAUGUAGGAGUGUGUGAGUUUACAGGUUUGUUUGUGUGUAUGUGUUUGUAUGUGUGUACGUUUUCUUGUGCAUGUGUGUGUCCCUGUGUGUAUGUUUGUGUGUGUCUGUGAUGUGCGUUUUUAUUGGUGUGCUUGUGUGUAAGUAUGUGUGUACCUGUUCAUAUGUGAUUGGGUUUUGUGUGAAUCUGGGUGUUUGUAAGAGUUUGUCUGUGUGAGUAUAAGUACACUUUUGUGUAUUUCUGUGUGUGCUUCUGUGUGUGCCUAUGUGUGUGUGUGUGUGUGUGUGUGUGUGUGUGUGUGUGUGUGUACACAUGUUCCCAUCCCCUUUUGCCUCUUCUUGUAUCUAUAUUACCUUCACCUCAGUGCAAGAGAGUGUAGAGGCCAUAAGUCAGCCCGGGCUCCUGUUCCUAAGGUAGCAUUAGUACUGAUAAAAUGCCUACAGAGAUUGAGAAGGAGUUAGCCCCUCCUAGGCCCGAUCCCAGUAUCUCUCAGGAGGGAACCUUUCAUUCCCAAUAUAAACUACUGAAGACUAUUGGAAAAGGAAGCCAUGCCAAGGUCCUCCUGGCCCACCACCAGCUCACAGGAACCCCAGUGGCGGUCAAAGUUCUCCGAAAGAACAAGCAGUGGUUCCGGCCAGCCAUGACAGAAGCAAACAUAAUGAGAAAGAUCAACCACCCCAACAUUGUUUCUCUCUUACAAGUCAUUGAAAACAAAACUAGAAUAUACCUCAUAAUGGAGCUGGUGGAAGGCCAACAACUCCACCAGUACAUCAGAGAGUCAGGGCACAUAGAGGAGGAUGAGGCCCGGCAAAUAUUUGAACAGAGAUUGUCAGCAGUGAGCUACUGCCAUGGAAAGGGGAUUGUUCACCGAGACCUGAAAGUGGACAAUAUAAUGAUCGAUAAAAACAAAAAGGUCAAAGUCAUCGACUUUCGCCUUAGCACCGAAACACAACCUGGACAUAUGCUAAACCAGCACUGCGGUGCGUACUCUUUUGGUUCCCCGGAACUCUUCCUUGGACUUCUGUAUGACGGGAUGAAGAAUGACAUGUGGACAAUAGGAGUGGUCUUGUAUUAUAUGGUAGUGGGAAAGCUCCCAUUUGAUUCUGUGAUCAUCCAAGAAUUACAAAUACAAGUUGUUGCAGGCGUGUAUCCUGCCCCCUGUGGGGUUUCAGAAGAACUGAAGAACCUUCUUAGUCAAUUACUAACAGUAAAUCCAAUGUAUAGACCAACAGCCAGCCAGGUGAUGAAACACGCCUGGUUCAAAGAACACGGGAAGGGGUUCACAGGUCGUUGUGAAGAACUGCUUCCCCUCAGGCCAGACCCUGAAAUUUUGGGUGCGAUGAAAUGCAUGGGAUUUAAAGCCUCUGUAAUAAAAUACUCCCUAAUAAAAAGAAAAUAUAAUGAGGAAAUGGCAACUUAUUACUUCCUACAACAGCAGGCCCUCCCGGGGUAUGGCUGCACAGCCCAGGCACAGCAAGUGCGUCCCAUUGCAGCCCCAUUUCCUAGCCUUAAUCCUGUAGGUGCUUUUAGAUUACAAAGAAAGAGGAGUGGAAGCCUGCCAGUCCUUGGCACCUUGCAGGUGUCAUUCUCCCACGGUCAAGUAUCUCAGUAUGGCCAGAAGGCUCAUCCAAAAGGAGGAAGAAGGUCAACUGUGCCUGGUCCUCUCAGGGCACUACCACUAUCACAAAUGUGCCAUGAGUGUCCCAUGCAUUCAAACAACAAGCCUCUUCAGUGAGAAGAGUAGCAACAAGGAAAUAAAAGAAGAUAAUCUACUCUCCCACAGAGCCCCAUUAGAGGAUAAGCCCAUCUCCAGCAGGGUCCGGCACAGAGGUUUUAAGGUGUGGACCAUGAAUAUAGCAAAUGCCCUGAUUAAUCUUUGUUGCUGCUUGCCAAGGAGAAAGAAACCUCGCCUGGGGCAGAACAGCAUCUCACCCGAGAAAUGAGCCACAGGGAGAGUCCAGAGAACAAGCAGCAGGCAUAGCCCAGGUACCUUUGUGCUUUGUCCUUUCCAGUUUGCUCUAUGCUCCUCCUUCCUCUUGUCUCUGGUUUCCAUUUUCCCCACAAUUCUUACCUUGUAUCUUCUCUAAGUUCUUUAUGAGGUUUCCCCAACACCAAGCCUCCUGCCUCUUCUUGAUUUCUCCUCUUCCCAGCAGGGACCCAAUAGGAUUGAUGAGUUCCCCACUCUACAGAAUUGUCUUGUUGACCCAUCCCUUCAGAUGGACUCCAUCCCCCCCUUAGGCCAAUAGCUCCCACAGGGUGAGGACUAGAGGUUCAUGGGAUCUUGGACUCUUCCAUGGGCUACUGGUCCUAGCACAUGUGGGCAUCAAUUCCAAGUGCUGCAGAACAGAGUCUUAUCUUUUCAAAUGUGACGUCCCAUUCCAUUAAGCCUUAAAAUUAAUAACAAGGUUUGUCAUUGAAUAAGUAUCAACAACCUGUUUGUGGGUUAUUGUUGAUGGUCAGAAUCCUGGAUGCAUGCAUAGUUUUUUGCAUACUGAUUUUUUUUUUGUUCCUAAGGCCUACUGAUUGGUAACAUUUCUAAAUGAUUUCUUUCAAAAAUCUUAAGUGAGAAGUAGAAGAGAAGAAGUAAUAAAAUAAUAAAGCAAUCAAAGCUCCAAAUGGUUAUCUAAGUAUUCUACCUCAUAUUUUUUUUGCUUAGAAUAAAUUCUUUUUUUCUUUCACAGUGCCAUCUUGAAAUUCUGUCAUAACCUGUGUAUAAACAGGUGGUGAUUUCAGACACAUGGCCAAUGAAAAGACACCAGCAGAAGCUACAGCACCAACAGGAGUAACAGCAAUAGCACCAGCAGCAUUAGCAGUAGCAGAAGGAGGAAGAGGAGAAGAGGAAGAGGA